AUGUCUUUUUACAGGAAUGCCGUCUGGUUUGUUAAAGGACUCCAGGAGUAUACAAAGAGCGGCUAUGAAGCUGCAGCGAAGCAUUUUGCUCCAGCAGACCUGGAUGUAAACCUCAGUGGGAGGUCCUUUAUCAUAACAGGAGCCAACAGUGGGAUAGGAAAAGCCACAGCGCAGGAAAUCGCCAACAGAGGGGGAAUCGUUCACAUGGUGUGUCGAAACAAGGGCAGAGCAGAAGCAGCCAAAGAUGAAAUUGUGGAACGGAGUAAAAAUCAGAAUAUUCACGUCCACAUUGUUGACAUGUCCAGUGCGAGACAAGUGUGGGAGUUUGCCCAGAACUUCUCACAAAACAACACAGUACACGUGCUGAUCAAUAAUGCAGGCUGCAUGGUCAACCAGAGAGAGUUAACUGAGGAGGGUUUGGAGAAGAACUUUGCCACAAACACACUCGGUACAUACAUCCUUACUACAGCACUGAUACCUGCAUUGAAUAAGGUUGAAGACCCAAGAGUGGUCACUGUGUCGUCAGGCGGCAUGCUCACACAGAGGCUGAACGUGGACGACCUCCAGUUUGAGAAGGGGACGUUUGACGGCACCAUGGCCUACGCUCAGAACAAAAGGCAGCAGGUGAUUCUGACGGAGAGAUGGGCGUCUCAGCACAAAGAGAUCCACUUCUCUUCCAUGCACCCCGGCUGGGCAGACACGCCAGCUGUCCAGUUGUCCAUGCCGUCCUUCCACGCUAAGAUGCAGUCCAAACUGAGGACGGAGGCCAUGGGAGCCGACACAGUGGUGUGGCUCGCUGUGUCUCCAGCUGCCAAAAAGCAACCAAGCGGACUCUUCUUCCAGGAUCGCAAAGCGGUGGCGACACACCUGCCUCUGGCUGCCUCCAGGUCCACACCACAGGAGGAGGAGAAGCUUCUGGCUGCGCUGGAGGAGUUUGCCCUAAAGUUCAAACCUUAAUAUCUGUGCAAACACACUUUUUAAAACCAAGCACUCCUCACUAAUUAUUAUUACUGAUGUUUACAUAAUCAUGUCAUUUUUGUUUGUUUCAAUAUACAAGACAUAUUUUUAAAAACUUUUUUUUUUUUGAUACCUAAAAGAACAAGCUUCCCAAAGCGUAGUUAAGGUUGUUUUCAGCAGAAGAAUCUUGUACAGAUGUUUGAGCUUUUCUUUUACAGGUUGAUCAAAACUAGGCUGAAGGAAGAUGAAAAUUACUUUUUUGAAAUGCACUUAAUGUAAUAACAUUUAAUGCUUUAAUGUAUUUAUAACAACGUGAUAAAUACAUUAAAGCUCCUUUGACAAGUCAGACAA